CGACGGCGGGGGAGGGAAGGGAGCGGGUGGGUAGCAACAGUUGCCCUGGUGAGGACGAAGCGCCAUAGCCACGGUAGCCCUGGCGACAAGAACCCAGCAACGAGAAUCAACAACAACAACUGAAUCCGCCAUAAAAAAAUAAAAGAAGACAUUUAACCGGUGGACAAUACACACCUGGAUACAGAGAGUGACUCCCAGCUCUUAAAAUGGCCACCUCAGGCUACGUAGGUGAAAUCCAGCCAGCGGCCCAACCCCAGGGGGGCGGAGGUACUGCGGCACCGGGGCAACCUGAGGCCGGUUCCAGCCCCGGAGCUGCCCCUCAGUAUCUGGCUGAGAUUCAGACUGCCGUGGACACUCCCACUGUCGUCACACCCACAGGCCAAACAACCACCGCUGAUCAAGCCGUUACGUCUCCGAAGCCAGUGGAUGUUAUUCAAGCCCCGUCCACAUCACAAGUUCAGCCUCCCCAGACACAGUAUGUGACUGCAGAGAUCCAGGGCUCCCCCACACAGUCUGGAAAUGCUCACAGCACUCCUCAGUACAUUGUUGUCACAGUCACAGAGGGGUCCCUUCACUCAAGUGACAGCUUGUCAGACUCCAGCCCCCCUCCAGCUGUGGUGCAAACCGGAGUUCCCACGCAAGUUGUCCAGCAAGUACAGGCUGCUCAGCAGAGGUCAGUGGUCCAGGCCACCUCUCAGAUAGCCAAGACUGAGCCAGGCGCUCAGCUGAGUGUCACUAGUCUACAGCCUGUUCAUCUCAGCCAGGAGGUCCAGCAGCAGCUCACGCCAGUGCAACAUGUGUACGCCAACCAAGUGCAGUACGUGGAGGGAGGAGAGGCCGACUACACCGCCAGCACCAUCCGUUCCAGCGCCUUCCCUUACACCGACGCCCCCCUGUACACCCAGACCACAGCUGCCCAGUAUUAUGAAGGUCAACCAACGUCAGGCUCACAGGCCUCCACCCCCGGCACACCCAUCACCGUCUCUGUCAGCGCCGGCGCAGCGGGAGGCGUCUCCAUGUUUGUGGCCCAGCCCACAAGCGUGGCGGGGGACGGGGCCACCGUGGUGACCGCAGGGGGCACCACCAACGGGUCGGUGGAGGGGCCAGGCACCAACGGGGGCGCAGCGGGCAGCUACGUGAUCCAGGGGGGUUACAUGCUGGGCAGCAGCGGCGGAGGGGCAACGGGCAACAGUCAGAGCUACUCGCACACCGCCCGCGCCUCCCCGGCCACUGUGAGUAUGACCGAGGGCGAGGAAGGUAGCGUGCCGUCGGCAGACAAGAAGGUACAGUGGUUGCUGGACAACUACGAGACAGCUGAAGGCGUGAGUCUGCCGCGCUCCACGCUCUACUGCCACUACCUGCUGCACUGCCAGGAGCAGAAACUGGAGCCUGUUAACGCCGCGUCUUUCGGGAAACUCAUUAGAUCCGUGUUCAUGGGGCUACGCACGCGCCGCCUGGGCACCCGGGGUAAUUCCAAAUACCACUACUACGGGCUGAGGAUCAAGGCCGGCUCUUCUCUUCUCCGCCUGAUGGAAGACCAGCAACAUCUUGCCAUGAGGCAGCAGCCCUUCUCCCAGAAACAGAGGUUAAAGCCUGUGCAUAAAGUUGAGGGACUGACCAAUGGCACAGCAGCAGGAGCAGGGCAGCAGCAGAAUCAGCAGCAGGGGUCCGGGCAGGUAGACAUCAGCACCCAGGUUCAGCAGUACCAGCAGUUCCUAGAUGCAUCCCGAGCUCUCCCAGAUUUCCCAGACAUCGACCUCCAAGGGAAGUCUCUGCCGGAGGGAAUCGAGCUGGAGCACAUAAAGAGCUUCCAGCUGCUGUACAGGGAGCAUUGUGAGGCAAUACUAGAUGUGAUGGUCAACCUGCAGUUCACCCUGGUGGAAACUCUGUGGAAGACCUUCUGGAGGUUCAGCCAGAAUCAGGCUGGAGACGCCACGCUGGCUGUCCACGACGAGUCGGAGAAGCGGCUCCCCAAGUCGUGUCUGGUGCUGCUGUGCAAGUACGAUCCGGUGCUGCGCUGGAGCCGGGACUGUGACAACAGCCUGUACCAGGCUCUGGUGGAGAUCCUCAUCCCUGAUGUCCUCAGGCCCAUCCCCAGUGCCUUAACUCAAGCCAUCCGCAACUUUGCCAAGAGCCUGGAGAGCUGGCUGACCAACGCCAUGAUGAACAUCCCGGAGGAAAUGGUCCGCAUCAAGGUAACGUCAGCCAAUGCAUUUGCCCAGACCCUGCGCCGCUACACCAGCCUGAACCACCUCGCCCAGGCAGCCCGCGCUGUCCUCCAGAACACGGCCCAGAUCAACCAGAUGCUCUCCGACCUCAACCGCGUCGACUUCGCCAACGUCCAGGAACAAGCUUCGUGGGUGUGCCGGUGUGAAGACCGCGUGGUUCAGCGGCUGGAGCAGGACUUCAAGCUGACCCUCCAGCAGCAAAACUCCCUGGAGCAGUGGGCCGCGUGGCUGGACGGCGUGGUCUCCCAGGUGCUAAAGCCCUACCAGCAGAGCCCCGCCUUCCCCAAGGCCGCCAAGCUCUUCCUACUCAAGUGGUCCUUUUACAGCUCCAUGGUGAUCCGGGACCUGACGCUGAGGAGUGCCGCCAGUUUUGGCUCCUUUCACCUGAUCCGCCUGCUGUACGACGAGUACAUGUACUACCUGAUAGAGCACAGGGUGGCCCAGGCCAAAGGGGAGACCCCCAUAGCUGUCAUGGGAGAGUUUGCCAGUUUAGGCCGGGGUCUGCACCAGCUGGAUCCCGACAAAGAAGAGGACGAGGAAGAGGACGACGAGAGCGACGACGAAUGCCAGGAGCUGUCGCUCCCCUCGGACGGCGGCGUGCUCGGGGACGAGUCUCUGGAGCCGCCCGCCAAGCUGGCGCGGAUGGACCAGCGAGUCCUCUUCGCGGCCGGAUCGGCCGACAACUAAACGACUGAACCCGACGUGUGUGGGAUUGUGUUGAAUACGCACAAACGCACUCGAACACUAAGAAGAACACUAAUUUAUACACUCGACAUAUGUAUAUAAAUCCUGUAAAUAUGUGUGCAUACUGUAACCGCCCCACCUGUUUGCUCACACACAGUCACUACACGGACGACAACCACCGAUUCAAUACAGUCACGCUGGCAGAGCGCUGCAAUAGGAAGCAGCUUCUUCCAUCUCGGUUUGUAAAAAUGACCUAAUGCAUAGGCAUGUUUUUUUUUUUUUCCUUCUUCUUCUUCGUUCGGUCUCUCGCAUCUCAACCUGUAGCCUCGCUGUCUCCCGCUGCUCACCCUCAAUCCCCCUAAAACUGUCAGUGCCGUGUCAAUGUGGUCUUGAAAAUACUCUGUGCGUGUGUGUGAGAGAGAGAAGGAAGCUUCUACAGGAGGAGGGGAGCGUCAUCGUUCUGUUGUUACUUAUGGAGGCUGGCUGAACAUGGUCUUCCAUGCUGGUGUGUGUGUGUGUUUGUGAGCUCUGACUCUUUUGCUCUGUAGAUAUUUUCUAGGGUAUUCAGCUUUUGAUUUGGGAGACGUGUGUCGAGUUGUUGUUGGAUUUCAUCUGCCUGUAAAGACAUUGUACUUGUGUCCUUGGAGUGCCUGUCGGAGCUGCUACACACACUUCUAAAGAUGAAGCUACGGCCGUGGAAUUGGGGCUCCCAUUAGUUGCUGCAAAAAUCCUCUUUAAUUGAACAUCUGGUUCCAUGAGGUGUGUGUGUGUCCUUAUUUGUUCAAUGUGCUGCAUUCCUUUCCAUCCAAUAAGUUCCUCUGUGGCCUCAUUUUCCUUUUUGAUAUUUAAUUUGCCUGCCUUAUUUCCAUAUACUUUACAAUGUUGUAUGCCAAACCUGUGUGCUUUUAUCCCUGAAUCCAUUGUUUUUAAAUUCUUUCCACGUUUUAAGGAGGACUGUGCCUGAGUAAAAACGGUGAUGUACUUAUAUUCUACUGUAUAUUUAUCCACUAUUUUGAAUUUUGUCACUAAGUGAACCUCUUGUGCAGUGUAUGGUGACGUGUUGUCACACAUCGUAAGCAACCUGUGUGUGUGUGCAUUAUUGCUUUGUGAUUGUACGUUCGAUUGUCGACCCCAUACCCUAUCUGGUGACUUUUUUUUUUUUUUAACCACAAAACAGGCUAUAGCCCUGCCUCUUUGCACAUAUUGAACAUUGUCUUUUAAACUCUGACCGUUGUACGACUCUUUUUCAAUUUCCUUUGGAAGUUUCUUUCAUCAACAUCUGGCUGCGCGUGGUGAAGAGGUGAGAACUUCUGCACAGUCCUCCACCAGCACGCCGCUGACGUCUCACUUGGGUUUCCGCCCUCCCCGCCAACGGCUUCGUUUUGCUUCAGACAUUCAGGUUCUUAAUCACUGUUUGUCGAGAUUCGGUGGUCGUAAACGUGCGUCACUUUUGAGGGAUUCUUUGGAAGACGGUGUCUUCGAAAAGAGCCGCGGCGCUUGUGUUUUUAGUAAGAAUGACCCGUUUGAAACAAGCACGUCGUCCUUUUAAUGGAGUCCAAUACUACCAUAGUACACAUCACUUCAGUUUUACAACUACCUGCAGCAUAUAAAAUGACCAUUGUUUACCCGAUAUGACAAAGUGUUUAGUCAUCUUUAUUGUGCAAGAAAAGAAAAAAAAAGGUGUUUGUGGCAGUGUUUUAUGAAUUUGGUCUGCUAUAAGUAUGACUGUGCCUUUGGAGGUGGUAGAAUGCAAUUCAGAUGUUUUUAAUUUUAAAGAUAUAAAUUAAAGAAUUUUUAAAAUUG